CCGUGUACCGGAAGUGUGACUCUCAAGCUAAUAUAUCUACGCGUCAGCAGUGCGCUUGCUAGUUGUGCUUCUCUUAUACAACUACUGAAUAAUUUAUAACGCCAUAAAUAUUUACACUGAGUUUUUCAGUUCAGAUGGAGGCUGGAGACAGAGAUUCCUUCUGUGAGGGUGGAGCAAGUGGGAGAAGUUUGCCACCAGGACUGACAGAGGAAGAAGCUCUGGAACUGGAACUGGAGCUUCGUAAGGUGGAGGAGGAAAUUCAGACGCUGAGGCAUGUUCUCGUAUCCAAAGAGAGGCAUGCUGGUGAACUGAGGAGGAGGUUGGGUAUAAGCCCUCUGGCGGAGUUAAAAAACAACUUUGUCAAAGGCUGGCAUGACGUUCAGGCUUCUAAUACUUAUAUGAAAACCUCACAGACUCUUGGGGAUUUGAAUCAAAGAAUUACAUCGUCUAACAUUUAUCAUACAGCAUCUGCUACUCUGGAAGACAUUACUCAUUCUGAAGCGUAUAAGAAAACUCAGGAGACUCUGUCCCAGGCUGGUAUGAUGACAUCCUCUGCUUUCUCAUCACUGGGUUCAGCCAUAAGAGGCAGACUGGGAGAAAUGAGGAAUUCGUCAACAUUUAAAACCUUGGAGGAAAAAAUGUCCAUGGCACCCAAAGGAAGCACGAAUGGUGAUGCGUAACCACCACCUGGCACUGGUUUUGAAAAAGAAGCACAGAUUAAUCACCAAAACUGACCCGUUACCCAAACUACUCCAAGUUCUUUAAAGCACUAUACUGAAAGCCAAGUGAUGUCAGAAUGCUUGAAUAAAUACUGCUGAACUGUACUAAAGUCCCAACUUGCUGUUAAAGACUACAAUAACUGCUGCUUGCCUAAAAAGAAACUUUGAACCUUGUGUGAAUUAAAAAAAAAAAACUUUGCAAACUGACAGUGUGUGAAUGCAUGAUGCACACAACUUGUACUACUGUUUCACUUGUUUCAAAUAUAUGAAAAUAUUUUCAGAAGGGUGUCUGUUCUGAUAUUACUACUGCUGUAAUUCACUUGUGGUUCUGUGCAGCUUCUUAUGCACUCCGACACACUGUGGAUUAAAUGAAAACGCUUCCUUGGCAGUACAUGUCCUUCUGUUGCAUACGAGUUUAAUGAUAAUGUAACAGAUUUUAUUACAUCCCUUGUAACUCAGGGCAACAGGUGCUAGCGCUAUGACUAUAUGAUGAAUGUAACCAAUGCAUCAUAAACUGCUUUAUGGAAUUUUUUUUGGGGGGGGUUGUGUUAAAUGAACUGUUAUGCUUCUAUAUAUUGGUAUUUUAGUUAAAUUGUUUGUCCUUGUUGUGACUAGGAUAAAAGGAAAUAUUUUAGGUAAACAUUUAAAUAUACCAGUGUUUUAUUUACCUGGCUGUCCUGAAGUUGAUGAUUAUUGUGGGGGAGGAGGAAGUAAAAUAUUUUAAAUUAUGUAAAGAUGUUGGCUUUACCUUAAGACUGUUACCUUUUUAUCCUGUACACAAAUCUGAAUGCUGGUCUAUCUGGCUUGUAACAUGCAAUAUAUUAUGGUAUUUAACAUUUUGUUAUAAACAAAUAAAUCUAGAGGUGGAAAACA